ACGCUUGCCCCAGUAUCUAUCUUAGCUUUGGCGCACCGUUAGCAUCAGAGUGCUAUUUUAGAGGUUCCUUGAUCUGUCAGCAUAGCCCCAAUGAGCCGUUGUCGACUUUUACUUUAUUUGUGGGUGUGCUUUUUUUUUUUUCUAGCAGAAAGAGGGAUUAUUCGCCGGUGGGCUUGACGUAUUCGAAAUCAGCUUUCAUAGAUGCUGUGAAAGUGGCAGUGAGCAUAUUACACCACUAGAGGGCAGUUGUUCCAAACCAGAGCAUUCUCCACUCCACAAAUGCUCGUCUGCCUUUUAGCAUGCACCUGCCUGUUCCGUGUCUUGGCUGGAAUGCUGCUUGUGUAGUUGAUUCAUCUGUCCUGGUGAAUCUUACUCCUCAGUGGAGAAGAGACAAUAAAACCAUGGGGAAAGUCAAGUAGAGCAGAGAGAAGUACAGUGGAGAAGGAGGGAGAGGAAAUAUGAGCAGGAGAGUUGGCAUUUUAACAGAGCAAUUGGAGGAGACGAGUGCAAGCCCUGCUAAAUCUUGUGCCGCUGCUAGAAGUGGAAACAGCGCACACAUUUCCUUUUUCGCUCUUUGAAUUCUUAUACGAUUUCUAACACACACAUGUAUGCAUGCACGCACACACACACAUAUACAUACACAUACGUACGCAUGCAUAUACACACACACAUUGGUUGGGGUCUUCCCAUGCAACUUGAGACUGGCCUCCACCACACCUAGCUUCCUGAUAUAUUUAUGGGGCAGCAAGAAACUGGAGAAAAAGGCUGAGGAAGUCUAGUCAUAAUAGUGGAGGCAAGGAGGUAGGACGGGGGGACAAGGCAGAAAGGCGUUUUCAGGAGGUGAUGAGAUGGCUGGCUGUGGCCAUGAGCUGGGGAGAGUCAUGAUGGAACAGUGUUUUCCCAUCAGCAGCACCCAGGCAGGGUUGCUUUUGAGAGAAACUGUCUCUGCGGGCAAAAUUUGCUUUAUGAAGCAGAUUUAAGCAGUCACCUUGCUCAGGUCGAUUCUCCAUUGCCUGUCUCUUUGGACUCAUCACCACUAUGCGUCAUGCCUCAGUCUCAGAUCCUGCCUGGAAAAUGUCAGAUGAAUUUUUGUUGGCAUAUGUGCUACCUGAACAGUCCCCUGCCAGAACCUUUGCUGUGAGCAAUCCAAAAGCUGGCCAACCUCCUCAAGGCUGGCCAGGCCCCAACCCUCGGAGUAACCUAAGUGCUCCACCCGCUAUGCUACCUGGACUCUCCCCAAGUGCAGCACCCUCCACUUUGCCUUUUGGACCAGCACCAGCAGGAAUUUAUCCCUCCAUCCCUCUGGCUGGACCAGCACCAGGAUCCCCAGCACCCUUUCUUCCUUCUGAACUGUCAUGUCCUCAACCUAGUGGUCCUUAUCCAGCCCCUGUUGUACGAGGCCCUGGUCCCAUAGGGCCCUAUGCUACACCGAAUAUGCCCCUUCCAGAACUACCUAGGUCAUAUGGUGCACCCACAGAUCCAACUGCAGCUGCUACUUUAGGUAGAAGGGGAUCCAUAUCUUCUGGACCUUGGGCACCACGAAUUGGGGGGCAUCAUCCCAAUGUGCCAUAUCGAUCCCCAGGGCCACAUCCCACUGCUCCCCCUCCAGUGUCAGGAGCACCGCGUGUUCCAUGGGGCACUGUGCCACCAGGAACUUGGGGACCACCAGUACCAUAUCCUGCCCCCGAAGGAUCAUAUCCCAUUCCAGGACCUCAUCCUACUCCGAAUAAUCCUUACCAAGUAACUUCAGGACCUUCUGGUACUCCACCAAUACCUGGUGACCCCCAUAAAGUGGAUGAAGUCCCAGGGGGCUCCCAUCCUGAUACAUCCAACCAGGAGAGCACCCCAGAGACCACUGGACAAGUGAAGCAACUGAAGGUAGAUGACAAACCCAUCAAGAGGAGACGUUCCAAAAAGAAGAGUAAACCGGUAACUUGGGGAGACAUCAAGACGUUAACUCAUGAAGCUGAGACCUUGGGGAAACAACAAGGACACAAUACUGCUGACCCCAAAAUGAUGCUGUUAUGUUUAAUGACUAUACUACAUGUUAAUUCUCAGCGUGGGAAUGCAGAAUCCAAAUGACUUUUGUCAGUGGGAAUAAAUGGGACACCUGUAAUAAACAGUAUAAUGUUGUGUCGGAAAAAAAAAAAAAACCCCAUCACCAUCAAUCAAUUUUUUUGUUCUGGGCUUUGUCCAACUUUGUGGGCUUGGUUGUUAGUGGAGUACCUUCAAGGAACGCUAGGUCCUCAAGUUUCUCCAAUAUACCAGUCAGUGGCAAGCUGUGGCCUUCUGUAGAUGCAGACGACACAGCGGUCACAGGUGAAGGCUUCUCAGUAGCCCUAGUUCUUCACUAGGAUCUGCCCCCAUCCUUCCAGAUCAGUGACUGGGGCCGCAGCACUUCCUGGGUUUGUGGUGAAGACCAGGCUUAAACCACUGAGCACUGUGACAUACCGUGAGGGAAGUUUUCCCUGAAGCUUGGCACCUGCCUUUUUGGGGGUGUGUGGGUUCAGCCUCUCUGAGACCCCUCACCCUGGACCUCCCAGUUGAACAUUUCCUCUACCCUCACCAAGUUUCCUUAGUUGGGGUAACAGGCUUUAGACAGGCUCCCCUUUUCAGAUGCCACAUGCACCUUCUGGGUGGCAUGUGCUGCUACAGGUGUUCAUUUACAUGACCUUGUUAGAAGAAAAAUACAGGACAUGGCAGGAAUCGUGUAAGACAGAAACAGUGAAAGAGAUUCACCACAAGGUGGUGCUCUUGUGUCUCAUUUUAAGGGGAUUUUUUUUCAAGUUAACAUUUUUUUUUUAAAUGAAUUUGUCUGCAAAAUGAACGGGAGGAGGCCUGAAGUGAGAUACAGUACUGCUGGGAUUCCUUGGGACUUUCGGUUGUCUUCCUCUGCCUCCUCCUUACCCAAGCCAUUUUCCCUCUUUAACAUCCAUUGAGUCAUUUGGCUGUCCCCUGCAAGAAAAAAGGAAACAAGAUGCUCACUGCUCAUUGGAUUUGUUGGAUGCUGCGACUUUCUGCUGAGCUGGGGAAAGGGCACACAGUUCUGCACUGGGAAUUGAACUGGGGACCCUGAGCACUGAGCUACACGGCCAGUCCCCACUGCUGUGGCCUCUAAGGAAAUGCUGAAAUAUUCUGUCUGGGUUCCAUUUGUUAAUAGGAAUCUGGUUUCCUCUAGAGUUCCUAGAUAGCAAUGUACUAUUAGUGAGUUUUCCAAAAGACUUUGUAACAAAAGGUUUAGAAGUUUUCUUUCACUUUGGUGCUAGAGAAUCUGCCUGUUAAAUUAAGAGGAAAAGCUAUGGGGGGGGGGGCGGGGCUGGGCAGCUCACAAUGCCCAGGGUUGUAACUCCAGCUCUAGGAGAUCCAAUGCCUCUGACUUCCAUGGUCAUCAGGACCCAUGUACAUAUUCACACAUAGAGACUUGCACGUACACACAUGACUAUAAAUAAUAAACAUUAAGAAAAGAAGCUAGGGGCUGGAGAGAUGGCUCAGAGGUUAAGAGCAUUGGCUGCUCUUCCAGGGGUCCUGAGUUCAAUUCCCAGCAACCACAUGGUGACUCACAUGGGAUCUGAUUCCCUCUUCUGGUGUGCACACAAAUCUAGCACUCAUAUGCAUAAAAUAAAUAAGUCUUAAAAAAAGAAAAGCUAUUGGUUAGGGCUGCAGUUCAUUUACUGGAGUGCUUGUUUAGCAUGCAUGAGGCUCUUAGUUUGAUCUCUACAUCACAUAAACUGAACAUGAUGUUGCAAUCUGUAAUCCCAGUACUCACGUAGAAACAGGAGAAUCAGGAGUUCAAAGCUAUCCUCAAUGCAUAGUGAGUUACACACCCUUGGGUUACACACCAGAUUGUGUCUCAAACAAAGCAGAUUUACCAAAUUUCAGGAGUAAUGGAUAUAACUGAUAGAAUUAUAGGUGUGGUUGAGGGUCUUUUGAGCACCUCCAUAGUUCUCAGGGCAGAGUUGCAGGUGCAGGACUGGAUCCUUCACUAUGACCAAAACUGGGAAUGAGUCCUGAGGUCCUGGGACAUCUUGCAGCCUGAGGUAGCACUAGAUGACCAAUUCCAGGGCGAGGCCACAAUGGGCAAGCACUAUCUAGAUUAUAGCACCUAACAGAGACACUGAAGGAACAUGAAGGAAGAUCCAAAGCAAGGGCAUCUUCCUUUUGGGUGGAGAGGUGGGGAACCUCUGCUCUCACCUGCAGGGUUGGAUUGUGCCCCGGGUCUCCCUCCCCUAGCCCAGGCACCUGGUGCUUUGGGUUCCUGGAUUUUCUCCAUGCUCCUGGCCUCUAGGAGGCCCUGCUGGUGGAAACAGGCUUCGGUGGUCUGAGGCUGUGUUUCCAGGCCUACUUCAAAGGGGGCAUUGGGGUAUAGACAAGGAGAAUAUGUCAGCUGUUGGUUCAGAACGAGUACCAGUCUUUUAGGACAUGUAGCUCAGUGUUGUCAAAGACUUGGGCUAGAUGGUGCUUGGAGCAACUAGGAGCAAAGUCUUUGCCCAGAUCCUACACCCCUAGUCUCAUACAGCCUACUUGCCAUGUGUAACUCCAUCAUUUUCUCAGGAAAUGGUUUCUUUUGAGGCAACUUUGUAUGAGGGAGUCUUGAGGGACCUGAACACACCAGGGACUAUGGAGACCUUAGCCUCUCCAAGACUGGCCAGUGGCCCUGGCUGCUUGGAAAAGUCACAGAAACUCUGUUUGUCAGGGCAACAGGGCCAGUGUGGGUUAGUUUCACACAUUCUUGAGUGAGAAUGAAUGCCCUGUUCUUAAGCCCAGAACCAAAAAGCCCCAGGCCACCUUUUCUUAUGGUCCUUUAGCACCUGGUCACUCUGAGUGGGCUUCCUACUCUUGGUUGUAGACUGAUUUGUUUAGAUUUCUUUCCAGCAUGCUUCUGGGGACCCUCUACACCUACAGGCAGGCUAACUGUCCCCUAGUGUGUCCUCAUUCUACUGCCCAGCAGUGAAACUGAAGUCCCCAUGUCUCCCCAGGCCUACAAAUGUCACAGAACUUAGGAAAAGACCGUUUGGGAAUCUUGGGCCAGACGCUGUCCUGGGCACUGGGCCAGGUUACCUGAGUUACCCCUGGUUAGAUGUGGUUGGUGAACAGUUGAAAAGCCUGUAGUGUUCAUGGUGUGGGCACACAAGGCCCUCUCCUCCCUGGGUGCUUUACAGUCUGAGCAGCCUUCCUGUGACAGAAACUAUUUUAAGGAACAUAAGGCUGUAACUCAUUAAAUUCCACUAACCCUCUCGA